CGCCAAAUCGGUGUUACCAUGGACACAAGGGUACUGUUUGCAGACCGAGACCGCCGUAAUUUCACAAAUUCUAAAUUAAAAAACUGAACUAAAGUACUCUAUGAACUACAAAGUUGAUACAUCUCGAUGACCAUAAAGACCACCAACUUAUCAUCGGAAAUGUCUGCUUCACGUACGAACGACUUGGAACCAAAGUUACACAUCAAAAUAGUGGGCUUGAUUAAAGAUCAAUCUUUUCACAUUGCCAAAAGCAUCAUCGAGGGACUAAAACAAAAGUUUCCUCGUGAGUUUGUGGAUCCAGAAAUUCUUGCAUUACUUGAAUUUGACUGGCAUGCAUUUCUGGACAACCAGAAGAAGGAAAUGCGCGGCGAAAUGUGGCAGUUCUCCAGUGGCGUCAUGUGCUUUGUGGAUGGCCAGUUCAUUGGGGACAACGAUGCUCUCGUCACCUGGGCCAAAGACCAGUGGGCUUUCACGUGCGACCAGCCGGAGGCUUCCUGCGUGGACGAAUACUACCUGAAACAUCUCCAAGCAACUCGGCACAGGUUUGUCUUCAUGGACAUCGAGAUUGGAGGAGAGCCAGUGGGGCGGUUGUUAUUUGAGCUCUUCUCUGACGUGUGUCCGAGAACGUCGUGGAACUUUGAGGCUCUCUGCACAGGAGAGCGGGGCCAGUCGACCGGCGGUUAUCCGCUCUGCUACAAGGGCUCCCUGUUUCAUCGGGUGGUGCCCAACGGCUGGGUGCAAGGAGGAGAUAUUACUCCAGAAAGAAGAGGAAAUGGAGGCGAGGCCAUCUAUGGAGCAACGUUUGACGAUGAGAGCUUCGCUCUUUCUCACACCAAGCGAGGCACUCUGGGUAUGGCCAACAAGGGGCCACACAGCAACGGCUCCCAGUUCUAUAUCACCCUGCAACAAACACGGUGGAUGGACUUGACCUAUGUUGCCUUUGGUCAAGUUGUGGAGGGUGUUGACGUCCUCAGGAGGAUAGAAGAGGCCCCCACCACCAAUCAAAGACCCAAGAAGGAAUGUACAGUUGCAAACUGUGGUGUAUUUAAACUAUAGCUCAUAUUUAAAAAAAUAAAAUAAAAUAAAAUAAAGAAAAAAACAAUUUGUUUUACAAGAACUGUUUAAAACCGUAUGUAAUGAAACCGCCGUAUAUGAAAUACGUAAUUGUUGUCUUUUUCAUUUAAAAUGUUUAUCUACCAGAGACGCCAAUCUUGCCUUUGCCUUGUGUUAACGUUUGUCAGUUUUUGGCCUCUUUAUAGUGUCAGCUUUGGGGGGAAAACCCCCUCUUCUGUCUGUCUUCUGCCUUUGGUUGUUCUUCCUCGUAUGCUGCGUUUUCUUGAAAAAAAAGAAAACAUUCAACCCUACCCCCUUAUUUGUCUGAAAAUGAAUAUUUUCAAAUGGCAAAUAUGUAUUUGUCCAUUUCUCUUUGCCCGUCACGUAUAGUGAUUUCCAUUACAUGUCAAAGCGUGCACUGAUUACACUGAUGGCGUCCUUCAGCUUUGUGUUCAAUUAAGCAGGCCCAGAAUUCACAUAAAAUAAUUAAGUCAAUUAAAAUGAGACUGUAA